GUAAGUGUAGCAUAUGUGUGUAGUCAGCAUUGGCAUUUAAACGGUAAAGUUCUUUGUUGCAUUUUUUCUGACGUUUGGUUUUAUUAUGUAGGAGGAGUCAGUACCACUGACACGUAAGAAUCUUAGCUGCGCUACCCUACUGAAGAAGAUAAGAGACAGUAGUGUUACCGCAUACCAUCACAUCAGAUGAGAAUGACGUUGUAACCUACAAAGAUAACUUUUUUUGUAUAUUUUACAUUUUAAAGGGAUUCGAAGUUUGAGCCGGAAAGAUUUCUGCCGUUGCCAACUGCCAUAAAACAAUGAGAUUUCCCAUGCUCAUUUCUCUCAUCAGGCCGAUCGGGCCGGUUGUUAUCGGUAUUUCUUUGGGAUUUACAUUGAGUUUGUUGAGUGUAACGUGGGUCGAGGAGCCGUGCGAUGCCGAUUCUAAAAGCGGAGAUGAAGUUGUUUUGGCUCAGGAAGGGAAUCUGAAAGGUGCCCGGAGACCCAAUUCCAUAUCGACUGUUAACGGGGAAAAUGGGGACAUCGAGGAGGAUUUUGAACCGAGAAUCGUACCAUAUAAACCAGUAAAACAAAGUCAACCGAAGAAAGUUUUCAGGGCGAAGUACAUCAGCACAGAGCUGGGCAUAAGGGAGAGGCUCUUUGUGGGGGUUAUGACGUCCAAGAACACCAUCAACACGUUGGGCGUGGCCGUGAACCGAACCAUCAGCCACCACCUGGAGAGCGUGGUGUUCUUCACUGGCAUGCGCAACCGCAAGAUUCCCCACGGCAUGUUCGUGGUCACACACGGUGACGAACGGCUCAUCUGGAACAUGUUCCAGACAGUCAAAUAUGUGCUGGAGCACUACGUCGCCGAAUACGACUGGUUCUACUUCGUCCAGGACGACACGUACACAGAGGCCGACCGCCUCAAGGCCCUGGUGGGCCAUCUGAGCAUAGACCGCAACCUGUACAUGGGCAGCCCGGAGGAGUUCAUCGGCGGAGAGCCAGAGGGCAGGUACUGCUACGGUGGGUUCGGGUAUCUCCUGUCCCGCACACUGCUGCUUCGGUUGAAACCCUUCCUGGAGAACUGCAGGAAUGACAUCCUGAGCGCCAGGCCAGACGAGUGGCUUGGCCGAUGCAUCAUCGAUUACGCCAACACAAACUGCGUGGAUGAGCACGAGGGACUCCAGUAUUAUCAUUUUGAAAUGGGAAAGAAUUCAGAUCCUAGUAAGGAGGAAAAUGUGAACUUUAAGAAUGCCCUCGCUGUCCAUCCAGUCUCAGAUCCUGAACAGAUGUACAGACUGCAUAAGCAUUUCACUGAGAUUGAGCUACAGAGAACCUACAGUGAGAUUGAGAAAUUGCAGGCAGAAAUUAAGAAUAUCAGUGAGGUGGCCUUUGAUGGAAAUCGCAGUGCCCAGUGGCCUAUUGGGAUCAAUCCUCCCUUUGAACCGAAGACUCGUUUUGAGGUUUUGAGAUGGGAGUACUUCACAGAGGAUCAGGUAUACUCCUGUACCGACGGCUCCCCGAAAUGCGAGCUGCAUGGGAUCGACAAAGCGGACGUUACCGACGUCAUCGAGACAGCAAUGGGAGAGCUGAACAAGAAGUACAAGCCGAUUCUACACCUGAAGAAGCAGCAGCUAAUUAACGGGUACAGGCGCUUCGACCCCACCCGUGGGAUGGAGUACACCCUGGACCUGCAGCUGGAGGUCGUCAAUCAGAAGGGCAGGAGCCGCUCCAUCACCAAACGGGUCCAUCUGGUGCGGCCCCUGAGCCAGAUCGAAAUCAUCCCCAUGCCUUACGUCACGGAAGCCACCAGGGUUCACAUUAUCCUGCCGAUGACCGUUCACGACCGCAGCGACAUCAACCAGUUUUUCCAGGUGUACGCCGAUAACUUCUUUGAGACGAGCGAAAAUGCCGUUUUAACUUUUCUGUUCAUCUAUGACCCUUUCGAGGCUCAGCAGGUCAACCAGAAUGACAUUUUCGGUGAUGUCAAAGCGAAAAUCAAUGCCUAUGAGCGCAAGUAUCCCACUGUCAAAAUCCCAUGGAUAAGUGUCAAGACCGAAGCGCCAUCCCAAAUCAAAAUCAUGGAUAUCAUUUCAAAGAAGCACCCUGUGGACACGUUAUUCUUCGUCGCCAGCGUCAGCACCAACGUCAACUCUGAGUUCCUCAACCGCUGCCGCAUGAACUCCAUUAACAGCUGGCAGGUCUUCUUCCCUAUCCACUUCCAGGACUACAGCCCAGACAUUGCCUAUCACAACCAACAGCCCCCAGUUAACAUUGACCUGGUCAAGGACUCGGGCCACUUUGACCGCAGUGUUUUUGAUGAGGCCUGCUUCUAUAACGCCGACUACAUGGCGACGCGAACUCGCAUGGCCUCUGAUGUGCAGGAGAACGAGGAGAUCCUGGAGACUCUGGAUGUCUACGACAUGUUUAUCAAGUACUCUAGCCUGCACGUAUUCAGGGCAGUGGAGCCCGCACUGCACCAGAAAUACAGGUACCAGGCAUGCAAUCCCCGCCUAAGCGAGGAGAUCUACCACAGGUGUGUCCAAAGCAAUCUGGAGAGCCUGGGCUCUCGCUCACAGCUGGCAAUGCUGCUAUUCGAACAAGAACAGGGCAACAGCACGUGAUUCCAAAACUGAAAAGUGAGGCUGUCCUUCCAGGUAGUCAUCAAAAAGUUUACAAAGGUAAUGCAUAUCCUGAGGAGUUUUGUUAUGUUUACAAAAAUGCCACCGAUUAUAUGCACACACAUAAUCACCAUAUAAUAAUCACACUUGCAUAGAAAAAUAGGCAUUGUUACAAAUUCACACCCAUACAAAAACGCUUUUUAUCUGAAACACGUUGAAAAUUUCCACUUCCAAAUAAUUUUCAUUCUUGUCAUUUUAACUCGCUCUCCCAUGUUUAACCUUACGGUUUUGCGGAGGGGGAGGCUGUAUGAAGGUCACUGUUUGUUUUUUUAAAAACGUCUUUACUUUGUCGUGGUCGCCGAGGGUACAAUUUCAAACAGGCAGCUCUGAAAAUGUGCAAGUACUUGUGAUGAUCAUAAAUGCUGGCACCCCUUUAAAUUACUGCUAUUGCUAUUGGUGCCUUUGAUUUGCAUGUUAGCUUUGUUAGCAAGUAGUCCUCAAGUUAUGAAAGGCUUUUUAAAUGGCUUCUCAACAGGAAACUACAAACUCAACAUCUGACAUUUGAAUAGUUCUGUUGAUAUAUUAUAAAGCAGCUUAGUAUUUGGAUAUUCAAGUUUAAUAAAAUAGGCCAUAUAUGGCUUGCAUAUAAAUAUUUCUAAUUUAAAUGUCUAUUUAUGUAUGUAUGUGUACAUUACAUUUGUAGUUAGGCAAGAACAUAUUCACAAGUAUUUAAAUUUGAGAAUGUCUAUUUAAAAUGAGGGAUAAAUGUGUACAUGUAUAUUUUCUGAGGAAAGAACUGAAUUUAGUGAGCCUUUACUCAACAAAUGGCCAGAACUUUGGUUUAAAGCUUAUUGUUUGAGUUUCAAUGGCUUGUGUUUGAGAGUUGAUUUAGUGAAAGCACAGAGCCCCAGGAGGCUCAACCUUGUUAAUGCAAAAGCAGUAUGAGAUUUUGACUGUGUGGUGGACAAGACGAUACACAAUCUUUCUGUUGUGAUACCAAAAAAAUAAAUAGUUGUGAGACAGCCUGUUGAUUGAAAUUUAUAUACCAAAGCACGUCCUGUUGUGACACGGACAGAAUGUGUAGAAGGCAGCCUCAUGGAACUCUCAUUUGUGGUGAUACAAUGUGGUUUUCAGUCAAAAGCUCAAGAUCUUUGGAAGACUGAGCCUGAGACAGUUCAGUUGAGAAAGUAUCAGAGCAGGAAUUUCAGUGACCUUUAGGAAGAAUUAAGUUAUUUGUUGGGUUUUGAAGGUGAGAACAUUGUUCCUGAUAGCAUGAUGAGGGGUGAUACCUCUGUUUGCCCUUGGAUUCUUUACAUUUUUUUACAUAUCUAAAUAUUCCACUCAUACUCUUGGUAUCCAUAGGCAUCAUUCCUUUCCUGGCCCAUGACAAUUAAACUAGUUUCUUUCAGAUGUUUUGUUUCAAUCUAUGUUAUAGAAGAAAUUCUAAUUCAACAUUUUUCUGAUGUCUCAGUCUACUCAUAGGGGGAGGUUUUAGUUUACUAAAGAAUGUCAAGGUCAUUAUUAUUAUUAUUAUUAUUAUUAUUAUUAUUAUUAAUAAUAUUGAGCAGGGUAACUGCCCCAAAUAUAACUAUACUUACACCUUUCAGUGGUGACCAAACCACUUAUAACAGGCCUUAAUUCAGACAGCAGUACCCUUUGAUAGGAAGUGGGCGGACUUCAUCAGCUCUACUUGGGCUGAGAGCAGUAUGGGUAUGGAGAUGGUGGUGCACCAUAGUCACAGAGUUGUGACCUGCAUCAGUAGAAGUACGCACAGACAGAAGAGCCCUGUGAUUUGCAAUACAGCAGACUGCGAAAGCUUCUAACUGCACCGCUGUGAUUCAGUAGACUAAAGGAAGCAUUUUAAAAGAGAUUCUACAAGACUUGACUGCUUCAAUGAUUCCUUCUGGCUCAGUUGUAUUUAAAGUGAUUGUAUUGUUUAAAUACACUGUAGGCCUAUAUGUAGGAGAUAUGUGAAGUUAAACAUGCUAAAGUUAAGAAGUUAAAAGUGGAACACUGUUGUCACUUUUUUGUCUAGUGUAGGAUUUACACAUUCAGACAUGUAAUGUAUAUUGAAUUUUGCAGUAAUAUUUCUGAUCCAUGUCUGGUUUGUGGUUCGAGCUUGUUUGAAAUGUCUUGGUCGUCUUUAUCCAUCCGUAUGGGUAAGGGAAAUGAAAUGAGAUUAUAUGGCUUGUGAAACUUGAGAAGUCUAAAAUGUUAUGAUACAAUGCUAUUGUAAAAUUGUACAAGAGUGUAUGUCCAACAGCUUAUUGUUUCAUUUUUUUGUUGUUGUUUUCUUUAUCAACUUUGUUUACACAUGUAGUUUAGGAACAGUGCACACAUUUUUAUUUGUAAUUGAGCAAAACCAUGUUUUAUAUUUAGUUAUCCUCUCAAUGUUCAGCAAUUUAUCUUUGUCUAUAUUCAUCAAGUCCAGAUAUUGUGUGGAAGCAAGUCUUAAUUAAGGCUUAGAUUACUUUAUAAAUGGAUUUAAUAUUAAGGAACCAUACACUUACACAGAAACCUUACACUUUUCUGUGAGAUACAGAAAUGUAAACUGAGUUUAAUCCAAGCCGUAUGGAGAUCUGGCGACAUGGGAAAUGUAAAUGUAUGAUGGAUAAAUGAUAGAGGAUGGAUAAUGGUGAUGUUUCACAUAAAGGGGGAGGUGUUACAUUUCUGCACAGUAACAUAAAUGUUACAUUACAGGCAUUUGGCAGACGCUCUUAUCCAGAGCGAUGGACAACAAAGUGUAUAACCAUAACCAGGAACAAGUAUGAAACCCCUAGAGUUUCAAAAAAAAUGAAUAAAAUGUCAAAUGAUGUUUUAAACCUUGCACUGUUAAUAUGUGCAGCUGAAAUGGCAGUUCAAAGUUCACCAGGUCACAUGUAGAGGCUGUCUAAUGGGUGUCUUGAUGCUAUUCAAGUAGUACCAUAAAUGCAAAGAGUAACUUGAUCCAUGUUGACACUAUUUUUAUCUAUAUGUAAAUGGAACGACCAGUUUGUCACAUCGACAUAAAGGUGAUGUUUAGAAGUUCUAUGGAACUGUGAAUUAUUAUUUUUUGUAAUUCUCAAAUAAAAUAAUUUAAUAUAAA